AAAUCUUCGAGUUGCUAGCUUCUCACAAUGGCUGCUGCGACGUAUUUGCGUUCAACACCCACAGGGCGGUAUUUGGUCACGGCUUUUGUCAAUCGCGUUCCCUGGACGGCUGCCUCUAAAGAGAUCAAAGAACACUUCAGUCAAUUUGGUAAUGUGAGAAGAUGUUUCCUACCAUUUGAAAAAGACACAGGCUUUCAUAAAGGUCAUUGUUGGGUUGGAUUUUCUUCAGAAGAAGAACUUCAAAGAGCAUUACAGCAAGAAAAUCAUUUCAUUGAUGGAGUCAAAGUCAUUGUUCAGCGCCAAAGAUACAGACAAGAUGUGAAGGAGGAGAAUACUGAAUUAGUAUAAAUGUAUUGAUAAAUUGUGAAAUAAAAAUGUUAUGCUAUGAAAA